AUGUCGUCUCUAAUCACAAUUGUACGGAACAAGUUCUUGGAGGCAAUCAGAUCGGUCAACCCACCUGGCAGGUGGAAGAUACUCGUCGUGGAUGAGCAUUCUCAGAAGUUGCUCGGUUCUGUACUGAAGCAGUUUGAUAUAUUGGAAGAGAACGUCACUUUGAUAGAAUCGAUAUCGAACUACCGCGACCCCCAGCCAGAAUUCGAGGCGGUUUACCUGCUUAUGCCAACAACUCAGAAUGUAGAUAGAAUCAUUAGGGAUUUCACCAACCACAAGCAGUACGCCGCCGCCCAUCUGUUCUUCAUUGAAGGCAUAAAGUCGCUGAUCGGGGGUCGGCUAACAUCUUCUCAAGCCGAACCUCACCUCCAAGGCCUAAAGGAACUGUUCGUCAACUUUUGGGCUACGGAGGCACAGACGUUCUCCCAACAAGACCCAAGCCUCUUCUUCAGCAUUUACAGUCCGCCGCGAACCGAGGCAGCACAUAAAGUUGCGCGCGAUCGCCUAGAAGAGGACCUUCGAUUUACGAGUAAAAUGAUCACCAACGUUUGCAUCACCCUUAAUGAAUUUCCGUAUAUUCGGUACUACAUGCCUCCCAACCACCUCCCUCUAGGCCCUCUGAAACCCAAUCCUACAACCCGCCCUCCGCCCCCACCCGAGAGUAGCAGCCGAUGGCGCACCAAUCUUGCCCGUGGGGCUGAUGCGCGCGCGUACGAAUCUGUUGAGACAGAUUUUGUAACCAAACUGCUUGCCUUUAUGGUACAAAGUAACCUUGAAGAGCAUAAGAAAGCGAAUCCAGAAUUUGCGAAAACAGAUCAUUCGCGACCACGAGCAACGCUCCUUAUUACUGAUCGAGCCAUGGAUAUGGUGGCACCUUUCAUUCAUGAAUUUACUUAUCAAGCUAUGGCUAAUGAUCUGCUGCCCAUCGAGGAUGGCGUAAGAUACACAUACAAAUUCCAGUCGUCCGUGGGAGCUUACGAGGACAAAACUGCCACACUCAAUGACUCGGAUGCCGUUUGGACCGCAGUUCGACAUAUGCAUAUGCGAGAAGCCAUCGAUAAGCUUAUGGCCGACUUUAACAAGUUUUUGGAAGAAAAUGCGGUGUUCAAAGGAGAAGGCGCGGCCAAUCUUAAUGACAUGAAAGAGAUGCUCGCCAACCUUCCUCAGUACCAAGAGCAACGCGAAAAGUUUUCCCUACAUCUGAGUAUGGCACAGGAUUGCAUGGCGAUCUUCGAGCGCGAUAAGCUACCACUUGUAGCGAAUGUCGAACAGUGCUGCGCCACCGGCUUAAAUGCUCAAGGGAAGACACCAAAGGGAUUGGUGGAGGAGAUGGUACCACUGCUCGACAGCAGGGAAGUCAUCAAUGCGAGCAAAGUACGAAUAAUCGCGUUGUACAUUCAAUACCGCGACGGCGUUCCAGACGAGGACCGUCGUAGGUUGUACCAACAUGCGAGAUUAACCCUUCCAGAGCAGGACGCUAUAAACGCGUUGGUGCAUAUGGGUGUUAAGAUUAGCAGAGGUCCCAAUGAUAAGGAGACGAAGAAAAAAAUGAAGCAAAAAGUAAAUAACGAGGAGGAGUAUGAGUUGUCUAGGUUCAAACCUGCUAUUACGACCAUGAUAGAGGACCAAGUUGCGGACAAGCUCGAGAUGUCGUUGUUCCCCUACGUGAGAGAUGCCCCCUCAGCGAUUCCUUUGCAAGCGAGUAGUCUUCGCUCGCCGCCUCCGCAAGCAACGUCAUUGCGCAGUCAAAAACCAGCAUGGCAUAGAGCUCCCAAAUCCGCCGUCGUGCCUGAUAAUCGGCAACGGGUUCUGGUAUUCAUCGCAGGUGGCAUGACGCACUCUGAGAAACGUGAAGUGUAUCAACUAUCAAGUGCUUUGAACAAGGAUAUUUUCAUUGGUUCAACGCAUGUGUGCACCCCUCGCCAAAUGGUGGACGAUUUGAAGGUAUUGGACCUAGGCGGUGCAGGAUCGAAGGCAAUCCCCAAUGGUCUGCGCGAUCGUAGAGAGGGUCGUAGGCCCUACCAGGAUUACUACGAUGAGAAGUAUUUCACAAAGGAGGCGGCACCACGACCUUCACAGAGCUCACUCCCUACACCUGCUGCCCACAAAAUUGUGUCACCAUCACCGACCAGCUCUUUUCAAGGGUCCAUCAAUUCUUUGACUCCUUCUGCCAAGGAGGACAAGAAGAAGAAGAAGGGGUUAUUCCGUUUUUGA